AUGUCUGAAUUACUAAAUAUUCCUGAGACAACUUUUGAAGUGAACGUGUCGAAAGAAACAUUCAAAUUCAAUUGCGGACAUUUUGUGGCCUACAAAGGAUUCCGAGAACGAUUGCAUGGACACAACUACAAGCUUGCAAUUCGGCUUUUCGGUAGUCGUCGCAUAGGCCAGGAUGGCUAUGUGCUUGAUUUUGGAGAUCUGAAAGCAGUCACCAAAAAAGUUUGCAAGAAUCUCAACGAAUACUUCAUUUGCCCUAUUUACUCGGAUGUUAUUACGAUCACAGACGAUGACGGGGGAAAAAAUGUCAACAUGACCUGUGAGGAUGGUUCCAAGUUCUCGUUCCCAAAGGCUGAUUGCGUGAUGUUGCCAAUUGUACAUUCUACCGUGGAGGAAAUUGCCAUGUAUUGUUGGGGGCAGAUUUUGCUGGGUUUGGAUGCACAAUAUUUAGUGAAGAGAGGUAUACACACGAUGGCAGUAACUUGCUCAGAAGCAAUUGGACAAGAAGCAAUUUUCAGAAUGAAAAUUCCGGAUACGAAUGACAAGGAUGAAAUAUUGAAACUUUGCGAUGUUCGAACCUACAUCAUGCAGGGAGAAUUGUUGACGAGAAACUAG